GGCUGUAAUGACAGAGUGGCAAGAUCGCAGAUGUGGCAGACCCGGAAAACGCUGAACCAAUCAGAGCAGCAGACUGGGCUUUUUUGGGAGGGGGUCUUAAGAAGCAGGCGAUAAAACAAAGCGUUUCAGACAGAGGGUGAAUACAGGUAUAUUCAGGCAGAAAAUAUAAGAAAAAGAAUAUGUUUUUUGAACAUUAAAACGUGAGCAUGUUCUAGUAGAAACCCAAAAUGCUAGUUUGAACCUGACAAUUAGCAUAAUAUGGACCUUUAAUAAUUUAGACUUUGUCAAAAACUUAUCGGAUUUUAUUAUAUGGGUUUCUCCCUCCUGCGACCUUUGCAUUUUCACAUUAAGGAUGCGCUGACUGAAACUCGACGUGUCCAAUAGCAGCUGCCGAUCGGUGGGCGGUGAUAGUUGAGUUCAAGCCGCAAUACGUUGUUCCCGCACACAGACAGACGCGAAGUGUUGCAGAUUUUGAUCCUGCGCCUGUUUUACUUUGACGCAAUAGUUUGAUGGAAAUGAGUCCGGACGGUCGGGACAAAGUGCAGAAGAAGCCUGUUCGCCUCAUAGCAGCGGUCUGCAAUGACAUGGGGAUCGGCAAAGACGGGAAACUGCCCUGGAAUUUACCGUCUGAAUUCCAGUACUUUCUGAACACUGUCAAAAGGGUGUCGAGACCAGGAAAGAUGAACAUGAUGGUCUGGGGCAAACUGUGCUGGUACUCCCUCCCAAAAUCUAUGUUCCCAAUGGCCAAUAUUCUGCAUGUGGUGCUGAGCACGACACUGCACACGGUUCCAGAUCACGCCCACUUCCUGUGUCAAGAUUUUGAGAGUGCGGUCCGCCUGGCUGCACAGCCCCCCCUCGCUGACCUAAUUGAGACCAUCUGGAUUGUUGGUGGGACGCAGGUCUACAAGGAUGCGCUGAAGCACCCGUGGUGUGACUUGGUUUACCUGACAGACGUCAUGGCAGACUUCGACUGUGACGUGUUCUUCCCUGAGUUUGACAGAGAACUCUUCAAAGAACAAGAAGGAGGCAAUACGUUAUGGAUGGUAUUGGAAAAAGCCUGAGUAUUUUUACCUGCUCUACGUCAUUUUCCUGAUGUACCGAGUGGAAUUCAAGAGGAGAACGGCAUUAAGUACAAGUUCCAAGUGUUCAAGAAAGAGAUUGGUGAUGCUGUGUAGACAGCUAAAAGAGAAAAUCAAUAGAUUGCCAGAAAACACUCAAAAUAACUCAUUCCUCAAGUUCAAGUUACUUUAUUUAUACCCGAAGGUAGAUUUUGUUUUCAGUAGAGUCACACAUCAUCACAUUAUCACACAUCAUCAAAAAAGUUCUUAUCGGUCCAGAAUAAGAUAAUACAUAGGCCUACAUAAAGAUCGUAUGUAAGAUACGAGUAAAAAGAUUUAAUACGAGUAAAAAAAAGUAAAAGAUUUAGUUUGCAGUAGACUCCUCAUACACACAUAUAAAAGCAAAUGAGUAAAAGAGUACAUACAUAAAAAAAAAUAAAAAAAAUUCCUUACAACUUUUCAAGAUGUAUUGCCAAGUCAACUCCUGGAUAGACUGUAGAGACAUGCUGCCAAACCCACAGUGCGUCACUAUAUUUCUAUAAAUUCACGGAAAUCCACAGUCUUCUUAACACUCUUUGUAAUAUAGUUGAGUGUAAAUAUGACUUUUAUACUCUUUGUAAUCAAUGAAAAACUUGAAACGCAGACACUUUAACAGCCGUCCAGUUUGUUUACAAAAGUCUUUGCACGUAUCUUCCAUCGCUGCUGCUUGGUCGGACAUUACGAUCUGUUCCGAUAUAAAAACUGCCACCCUCUGCUCACCUUGUCAGCGUUCCCAUCUCGCCCUCCUCCUCAGUAACAUUGCAGCUGCACAGAGAAUAUGCUUGUCGGCGAGUCAGUCAGCUGCUUACGUUGGCGACAGCCUGUGGUCACAGCAGAUCUGGUCCUUUCUAAGCAAACAUGACAGAUGCCAGUUUAGAAAGCAACAAAUGAAUUGUCCUACUAUGACUGUCUUGUCAUUGAGAAAGAUACGGGGAAAUUUUAAAGCUUGUAAUUUGUUGUGAUUACAACUGAAAAUACAUGUAUUUUGAAGGUUUUUACUGUGCAGUUUUUUUUUUGUGAAUCUACGAGGUUUUUCAUGAAAAUAAAUCAAUCGUAAUUGUUUAAUGGAGAAACAACUGACAAUUUUUGAAUUUA